UCCCUUCAACUCAAGCCCGAAAGCUGAAGACUCUUCCCCCCCCCAUCCCUCUCGUUCUCCUCCUACGCCCACCCCCAUCCCUUAAGAUGUUGGCCUUACAUCAACAGCAACAGCAGCAACAGCAGCAGCAGCAGCAGCAGCAACAACCACGAAGCAGAAGCAGCAGUGGCAGUCCCCGACACAUCUCCUCCAGACGAGAGGCCUUUUCCUCGAGGUACGGCGCCGGGAAACCCAGCACUCGCAUGCUGCGAACACGAUCUGGCGAGCGACAGUCCACCACCUUGCGCCGUCUGGUCCAGCGUCGACGGGAUCCCCCUGAUAGUCCCCCUGAUGGCAGCUCCCUGACCCCGGCGACAGUCACCCUCUGCGUAGGCCCGGAGAAGCGGCUCUUCGCCGCUCACAAGGACAUCAUCUGCGUCUCGCCGUUCUUCGCCGCGGUGUGCGCCCGGGCUGCCCGGGCGUCCACCACCACCACCAGGAACAACCCCAUAUACUUGCCUGACGAGCAGCCCGAGAUCCUGUCCUGUAUUCUAGAGUAUCUCUACCGAGGCGACUACUACCCGCGACUGCUUCACAACAAGACCCGGAACACCUGGGAGCUGGAGACGGCUGCUAGCCCUGCGACGGGGAGCAGUGACUCGGAUCCAGAUGGCGCAACCAUCUUUCACUCGGGCCUUGGGGCGGAGAUUCUGCGAGAUACAGCUGUAUACUGCGCAGCCCAGAAAUAUGGCCUGGAAACCCUCAAACGCCUCGCCCUCCGCAAGCAAGGCCUUCACUCAGGCAUAUCGUGCAGCACCAUCCUGACGAGCGCGCGCUACGCCUACGCCCACACCCCUGACACCGAGUCCAAGCUGCGGGCGCAUUAUCUGGCGCUCAUCAUCCGGAGCCGGGCGACGUUCAAGCGCAGCGGCACGAUGCAGAUGGAGAUGGAGCAAGGCGGGAAGCUGUUUUUUGAUUUGUUUGUGGCGAUGUGUAAUCAUAUGGAUGAUUUGACGGGUCCGGCGACGGGUUCGGCUACGGGCUCAUUGGGGAGUAAACUGCAGCAGCUGCAGCAGUCGGCUAGUACCAUUACUUAGCUGCCUUUGUUUUCUGGGAUUAUUUAUUUGCGGGGUAGGGUAGGGGCUAGGUAUGAGAGUUGAUUCGGGACACUAUGGAUCACCCUGCUGGCUUUCAGGGAUGAUGGGUUUCAAGGUCAGGUCGCUGGGGAUUCGUUGGAAGUGCAUGGUUUCGGUUUUUGGUAUGUGGUAUGUCUAGAAUUUGUAUAAUGUGUAUAAAUUAGUUACUGUCUGUACUUCGGCGCGGUUGGAUGC